AUGAACCACCACGUCAAACCAGCUCACAAUAAAUCCUAUUGCCCUGAGCUGAAUAUAUCAAUCCCCGCUUUCGCGACUCUUAGCAGGAGAUACUCGUGUUCACUUGCAGUAUGGCUACUGGUAUGUACAUUCACUUUUCUCUUUGUGCACCCUCCUCCCGCCAUCGAGUCUCUCUUUCCAUCACUCUUUUAUCCCCACAUCCGCUUCCCCAAGCCCGGAAUUCUAGAUCCCACUAACCAAACCAACCCAGAUCCUGACGGAGACUCCCAAAUGGCCUCUUCUCCCGAAUCCUCCCACAUGCACUCCGAAGAUUCCCCAGUCGGAUCCCGUACCCCCACGAACAUGCGUAGCGCCACCUCCCAGUUCCCAGGCACCUCAGAGCUCUCUCCGCCUGGAUCGCAGACACAAUCAGUAUCAGCUGACGUCGGAGGGCUCGCCGGACUGGGGAAUACUAAUACGUCUGGAGGGUCGGCGGAGAUGACAUCCGCUCAGCAGCAGCAACCGGGGGCAUCGUGGAUGAACAAACGGGCGGAGGAGGAAUACCACCGGGCAAUGGAAUAUGUGAUUGAUCAGGACUUUAACCUAGGUGGGUUCUACUUCGCGUUCUGGCUUGCUGGCUGGGGUCGUUACUUCUAG